AUGAUUCGCACUGACAUUUCCCCGGACUCGCCCGUCGAGGAGCAACCCGCCAUUGGCGUCAUCGGCAUGGGCUCGAUGGGCACCAUGUACGCAAAGUUCCUCUACGAAGGGGGAUGGAAAAAGAUCUAUGUUUGCGACCAGCCGAGCAAAUACGAGGCGCUUAAGGCGAAGUACGAGGACAAUGCGAAUGUGACGGUGCUGGUGGACGGGCACCAGGUGUCGCGGAUAGCGGACUUCAUCAUGUACUCGGUGGAGGCCGAGUUCAUCGAGCGCGUCGUCGCCACGUAUGGACCCUCGACCAAAGUCGGCGCCAUCGUCUCAGGCCAGACGUCCGUCAAGGCCCCAGAAAAGGCCGCCUUCGAAAAGUACCUCCCCCAGGAUGUCCACAUCGUGUCCUGCCACUCGCUGCACGGCCCAACAGUCUCGCCCCUGGGCCAGCCGUUGGUGCUCAUCAAGCACCGGGCUCCUGAAUGGGCGCUCCGACUGGUGGAGAACAUCCUGCGUCCACUCAAAUCGCGUUACGUCUAUCUCUCCUACGAGGACCAUGACAUCGUCACCGCGAACACCCAGGCAGUCACCCAUGCUGCCUUUCUGAGCAUGGGCACGGCAUGGGCGAACGAGAAAGAGUACCCCUGGGAGACGGGCCACGCCGUCGGCGGCAUCGAGACCGUCAAGGUGAACAUCAUGCUCCGGAUCUACUCGAACAAGUGGCACGUCUACGCCGGCCUCGCGAUCCUCAACCCGUCCGCGCGCGUGCAGAUCGACCAGUUCGCGCGGAGCACGACCGAGAUCUACAAGCUCAUGAUCAUGGGCGACGACGCGGGCAUGCGCAAGCGCAUCUACGCCGCGCGCGACACGGUCUUCGGCACCAAGGCGCACGACGGCGGCGGCGCCGUUCGCACGCCGAUCCUCCUGAGCGAGGACAUCCUCGACCGGUUCAGCCUCUGGCGGGGCCGGAGCUCCGGCGCGAACGGCAACGGGAAGGCGAACGGCAACGGGACCGGCGACGCCCCGCCGAACACGCACCUAGCGAACUCGCACUUGUCCCUCCUCGCGAUGGUCGAUUGCUGGGCCGCGCUCGGGAUCCAGCCGUUCGUGCACCUCGACCUCGCCGCGACGCCGCUCUUCCGGAUGCUCCUCGGCGUGUCCGAGUACCUCUUCCAGUCGCAGGAGCGCCUCGACCACGCCAUCCACGCCGCGCUCUACGACACGACCUACCGCGCGAACGACCUCGAGUUCGUCGUGGCCGCCCGCGGGUGGAGCCAGUGCAUAUCCUUUGGCAGCUUCGAGCUGUACCAACGACGAUUUAUGGAGACGGCGGAGUUCUUUGAGCCGCGGUUCGAGGACGCGCAGAAGGUCGGGACGGCGAUGCUUCAGGCGAUAUUGGAGACCCCUCCAACGACGAAGACCUCGUAG